AUGGCUCCCGUUUUGGCUCAAUCUUCUGUCUUUUACGCCUGUCUCCCCGACUGCCUAUUAGUCUACUUUUCACUUAAAUUAGAUCCCUUCAUACCCACUAACCACCCCUUCAAUAAACAUUUUCUCGGCAAAUCAGACGCUGUAGCAGAGUUAAUCCUGUGCACUCUCUGCAACUCCAUCGUCCUCUUAAAUCGGCUUUCUGAACACUUUUGUGUGCGUCACAAGAAUAUAAGCGAUUUCUCGACGGACUUAUGUUCUGCAGCCUUUACGUCGACUUCGGGUUCAGAGUGCAGUCUUUCAUCUAAACACUCCGAAGACCUCCUCUCAUACACCUCUAACUCCACAAACCUGGAACCCUCUGACACCUAUCGACACGAUAUGCUGCAAGAGUGCAUUCCACAAAGUUGGAAUCACGAUGACGGUCGUGAACAAAAACCAAGGCUAUUCAACGCCCCUGAUCCCUUUAACUCUGCUAAUGAUGUUUCAAAUGUUGAGAUUUCUGCGGAAGUACCUCCAUCUGUUGAGGACGUCGAUAGUGCCCUAAUUGAAGAUGGAAAUAAUGGCUCUACAGCACCAGACUUUUUUGACUUUUAUGACAUAUUUCCUGAUACCUCAGAGCUCUACGAUGAUACUAAUGCUAAUAAUAACGGUGUCACUGCCACCAACGCCAGCAACAAUGAGAUCAACUUCGCUGACUUAAAGGAUUCAAGUACUUACUUCAACGAUCUUUUGCAUUCCACUCAAGGUGGUGAUAUCGGAAAGACCUCUACGGUGGUGCCACAUCAAGGUCAGACAGUCACACAGCCGAUAAACACUUAUCUUUCCACCUUGAACGAGUCGGAGCCAUACUUGACCGUCGGUCGUUCGGAAGCUUCCGAUUGUCAUUCUCAUACGCUAGAGACGCCAUCACCAGAUUUCUUUACCCUUCCUUCUGCCUCCUCCUCUUCUACCUAUUCAGUGGAUUCUAGUGUCUUUAACAAUACGGAUGCCUCCUCUUCUCAAUGCUUAAAUACAUGCUUCCCUGAUCAGUCUGUCUACUCCAAAAGCUACGAGAUAAAAUCGCCACCUACUAUUAUGCCAAUCUUGGUACGGUUUAACAACACCACUCCGGCUCGACUUCAUGGCGAAAAUGAUGUAGAAGUGGAACAGGCAGUAGCGUCUAUUGUUAACCUGGAUGAAGAAUCGACUGACAAGAAGAUAAGCGAAAAUAAGUCUGUAUCAGGACAGCCAGUGGAGGAACAAAAAGUGGAUGAGAAGCUGCCAAUCCUAUCUCCGAUGGACACUGUGGCCACUAGCGUUGCUGACCAUUCUGCUUCUAAUGGAUGGGUGGAUAACACAGCUGUAGGAAGUGGGACGACCGAUAUUGACUGGGAGAUUUGGGAUUCACUGGAGCUGCCCACUUGUGACUAUACCGAUGGAGAUACCAGCGAAAGUCUACCACUACUCAAACCAAAUGAUCUGCUUUCCAGCUUAGAACCUUAUCUUCCUGAAUCCAAUGAGUCACAGGCACCGUUUGAGAUGUCGGUGCCUUUGGAGGCCUGUCAACUUCCGCAACAACAGCAACAGAGGGAACAACAACAGGAGCAAACCCAACUUACACAAGCUGUCUUCCCUGUCGAACAAUCUGUUGUAGUGCCUGUGACGACCAGCGAGCAGCAUAUGAUGAAGCUCACAUCAUCUUGCACAGAUUCAAAGUCCGUGAAGGGUGAAACCAGUUCCCGGUCCCGGCGUACCAUGGACUGUCUGAAUGGCUCUCUUCCACUGCAUCUCUUUCCUUUAACUCAGAAGUCCGACCGUGGCUCAGUUGAAGAUUUGUUUCAGGGCCCUUCGAUCCACGCCUACAUUGCGGUGUUCAACGCGAUGGGACGGUGUGCCGGAGGAGCCUUCUCUGCAAGGUAA